AUGGGCCGUUUUGGCUGCCGCGAAAUAUGCUAUGUCUCUAUGGACACUGUGGCUAGCAGCAGUACCUCGACGAUUGAACAACCCAGUAACAGCCCCAGGAAAACCUUUGCACGCACGCGAGAAGCAGGCGGAGAACAUGCGGCGACCCCCCCUCCCUUAACGAGACGCAAGUCACUCACCAACAUGAAGGGGAAAGCGAAGUCCAGCAAGAAGACGCGCUCCCACAUGACCAAGGACAACAAGGAGCGGGUGCAAGAGGCGCAGAAGAAAGACCGCAUGAAAACGAGGAAGACGCAAACGCCAACCUGGCUAUACGUGGGCAAUCUUCAUCCCGCGACCACUUCCGCUCAGAUCAGGCAACUCUUCCGAUCCUGUGGCCGUAUAAUAGAUGCCAGUUGCCGAGUCACUCGAGGCACCAUAGGAGCUCAGUCCAAGCAUUGGAAUCGCAAGCUCAGGGCCCAAGACCGCGUCUAUGCUGCCAUUCUAUUCGCAGAUGCAGUCUCAGCUCUUCGCGCUCAUGGGCUAGAUGGUACCGUUCUGAACGAUCUUCCGAUGGUGGUGUGCUUCAACGCGACGGACCUUCCCGACGCGCAGGAGAUCUCUCAGCCGCGAGAUACACCGCAUGCUGCCGAGAGUACUCCUCCCAGCUUCAUUGGGCCUAAAUUAGAGGGACUAUGGCAAAGAAUAACCAGGGAGAAAACAGAGCGGGUCAAGUUCCCAGACGAUCCUAAGGCUGACCCCAUACCUCGGAACAAAGUUAUGGGCAUGUCUAUGCCACUGACCAUUGCCUAAUUCACCCACCUAAUCCACUCGUGGACGACCUGUACUCCCCCGGACCCUAUAUAUGCUGAUUCACAAUUCGACAUUUCGAUCUAUCCGCUGAUUAUUGUAUACGGUACAUCUCGCCUUUCUUCUACCCGGUCCCUGUAUCACUAGCUCCUGUAGAUAUCUUAUACGUUCGUUGCAGUAUAUAUCCUCCAUACCUCGUAGCCAUACCUUCAUUUCCUGAUACCUAGCGUCAUCCA